ACAUAAAAAUCUUACGAUUUUUUAUCAAUAAUGAUUGAAGAAUAAAAGCAAUAACUGUAACAAAAACGAACCAAUAAAUUUAAUUGUAAUUGGAAAUGACUUCGGCAACGGACAAGAUUAUUAAAUUAUAUAAAUAUGAAAGUUUCUUAUAUUUUCUUCUGUGGACUGGUGCAGUAUUAUAUUCCAUUUAUAAAGUAUUUUUAAUUAAUUCUUAUUUUAUUAAUUAUGAUGAUUUGUAUGGUGAUUUUGCACCAGGAUGGACAUGGAUUGGAAGGGAACAAGAUGUUUCUGAUGAAGAAUGGAGAAUAUGGGUACCAUUGAUGAUAAAAUUAAUACCUUGGUUAUUUUUUCAUCACUUUAUCAGUCAUUUUAUAAAGAUUAUAUCAAAUUCUAUGCUAUUGUGUUGUUGGUACGUCCUUAUAUCUUUAUUAUUUUUGUAUUAUUGUAUUGGAACCUUCAGUAUGUUAUGUGCAUUAAUACAUCCAAGUAUACUCUAUAUUUUAACAUAUAAACGUGGCAAAUCUAUUAUAUGGAUGAUAAAUAUAUUAUUUUUAUUUAUAAUACAUUUUCUUAAAAUUCCGGGUGGUUCCUUUCAAAAUACAUUUAAAUUAAAUGAUGAAGAACACUACAUUUUAACUCAUAUAUUAUGUUGGGUUCAACUAAGAAGCAUUAGUUACAGUAUGGAUAAUAUAAAAUCACAUUUAGAAAAUAAAUGUGAUUAUAUACUCUCUUUUGUACAGAACCUUUUAUACAAAUUGGCAUAUUGUUUAUAUUUGCCUACAUUAUCCUUAGGACCACUAGUUUUAUAUCAAGAUUUCAUUAAUUCUGUAAAAGGAUCGUUUCAAUUUCUGAGACCUGCAAAUCUUGGAAAUUUUCUUUUUAAUGUCAUUAGAUACAUUUUCUGGAUACUGUUCGCUAACUUUUUUUUGCAUUUUCUUUAUUUUAGUGCAAUACAAUAUCAUCCAGAGGUUGUUAAGGAUUUAAAUCCAUGGGCUUUAUAUGGAUUAGGAUAUUGUAUGGGGCAAUUUUUUUUAAUUAAGUAUGUCGUAGUAUAUGGACUCAAUCACACUUUAUGUGCAAUAGAUAAUGUAAAAGCUCCCCCUCAACCUAAAUGUGUAGCAAGAAUUCAUUUGUAUUCUGACAUGUGGAAAUAUUUUGAUCAAGGUUUAUACAAGUUUCUUAUUAGAUACAUUUAUCUACCUUCGUUGAAAUCAAAUUUUAACAAAUUACUCGCUUCGUUUUUAUGUUUUACAUUCGUUUUUUUAUGGCAUGGGAUGCAGAUAAACAUUUUUAUUUGGGCAUUUCUAAAUUUUGUAGGAUUAAAUAUUGAAAGUUUAAUGAAAUUAACUGGUGAAAACAAAUAUUUUUUAAACAUACGAAAAAGAUAUCUAUCACAAACAAAUGCGAGACGAUUUCAUUGCAUCUUAACAAGUCCUCUAUUAGCAAUGUCUGUAAUAUCUAAUUUUUACUUUUUUGUUGGAGAAGAAAUUGGAAAUAUUUACAUCUCUAGAAUAUUACAUGAUACAUGGUAUAGUACAUUUGUAUUACUCUUCUUCCUUUAUUGCUGUUGUCAAGUUUCUAUAGAUAUAAAAAAUUGGGAAUUACAAAAAUAUUCAAAACUAUAAAAAGCUGAGAAUUACACACCACUAUACAAAAUAUUUUGAGAAAAUGUAUAUUUUGUUCAUAAUUAUAUUAUCAAAUAACUUUUAAACAUUUUAUUGUUUUAAGUACAAAAUGAGUAUAAAAAUACAAUAUAUAACUAAAUUACUUUUUAUAUUAACAUUGUUGUAAGCUUUUAACGUUUAUUACAAAUGAUAAUAAAAAAUUAGUACAAAGUA